ACGGAUACGUUACAUUAAUAGCGAUUCCAGACUAUGAUCAGAAACCGUCGGUUUCUUUGCGGCUCACCCUUUCCCUUUCGUGAAGCAAAUCACGCGGUCACCGUCAACUCUUCGCUUAUUAGCUCAGAAAUCUCGUCGAAACCAGUUGACGACGACCCGACGCGCGCAUUUUUCUUAAGCCGAAGCCUCGGAAUCUUAUCCGGUGCCCACUCACGCGACGGACGCGUGUUUCCAGCCUUCCAGGCGCCUCUGCUGCCUGCGCCUGCGCGCGUCGUGAAGGCGUGAACGGCAGCUCGGCUCGGCGCAGGCCCCCCGCCCGCGCCGGCAUCGCGUCGCGGCCGCCGCGCGAGCCCCAUGCUGCGUUGCUGCCGCACGACACGUCACUUCGGGUAGCUUUUUUAAAGCCCCCCACGGACCCAACCCCGCCGUCACCACUCACCCCAGUAUCCCACUCUCUCGCACUUAACCGCCUGCUCUCUCUGUCUGACGCGCCGGCGCCGCCCUCGCGAUCGAUGAUGGCAGCUGCGGCGUGGUUGUGUGGACUCCUCUCGCUCCUGGCCCUCGCCGGCGCUGCGUCGGCUGCGGAUGGGGCGGAGGGUGAGUGGGAGCCGCUGAUACGGAUGCCGACGGCGAAGGGGAGUGACGCUGCUUCUGCUCCGGCUGCUGAGGAUGAUGAAGUGGGGACGAGGUGGGCCGUGCUCGUCGCCGGAUCCUUCGGUUAUGGGAACUACCGGCACCAGGCCGAUGUGUGCCAUGCGUACCAGAUACUGCAGAAGGGAGGAGUGAAGAAGGAGAACAUUGUGGUGUUCAUGUAUGAUGAUAUUGCCCACAACAUUCUGAACCCUAGGCCUGGAGUUAUCAUUAACCAUCCUAAAGGAGCAAAUGUUUAUGAUGGUGUUCCAAAGGAUUACACAGGUGAUCAGGUCACUACUGAAAACUUCUUUGCUGUCCUCUUGGGCAAUAGAAGUGCUACCACUGGAGGGAGUAAGAAGGUGAUAGACAGCAAACCUAAUGACCACAUCUUCAUCUAUUACUCAGAUCAUGGGGGUCCUGGAGUUCUUGGUAUGCCGAACCUGCCAUAUCUGUAUGCUGGUGACUUCAUCAAGGUCUUGAAAAAGAAGCAUGCUUCCAAUAGCUACUCAAAAAUGGUUAUAUAUGUUGAAGCAUGUGAAAGUGGCAGUAUCUUUGAGGGGUUAAUGCCUGAAGAUCUAAAUAUUUAUGUCACAACAGCCUCAAAUCCAGUUGAAAAUAGUUGGGGAACUUACUGCCCUGGGAUGGAACCAUCACCCCCUCCUGAGUACAUUACCUGUUUAGGUGAUUUGUACAGUGUUUCUUGGAUGGAAGACAGUGAAACCCACAAUCUAAAGAAGGAAACCAUCAAGGAUCAGUAUGAAGUGGUGAAAACAAGAACCUCAAACUCAAAUAAGUACAAAGAGGGUUCUCAUGUUAUGGAGUAUGGUGAUAAGACCUUCAAGGAUGAGAAGCUUUCCUUUUAUCAAGGUUUUGAUCCUGCUAAUGCCAACAUUGCAAACAUGCUGCUUUGGCCAGGCCCAAAGGGUGCAGUCAAUCAAAGAGAUGCUGAUCUUCUCUUCAUGUGGAAGAGGUACGAGCAGUUAAAUGGGGGGACCGAAGAGAAGCUGAGGGCUCUCAUAGAGAUUAAAGAAACUGUUCAGCACAGGAAGCAUCUUGACAGCAGUAUCGAUUUCGUUGGGAGGCUCGUCUUCGGAUUUGAGAAAGGGCCUUCGAUGCUUGAGGCUGUUAGAACCUCUGGUCAACCAUUAGUCGAUGACUGGGACUGUUUGAAGAGGAUGGUGCGGAUUUUCGAGUCCCAGUGUGGUUCACUUACUCAGUACGGCAUGAAGUACAUGAGAGCGUUUGCAAACAUCUGCAACAGUGGUAUAUCUGAGAUGAAAAUGAGGGAGUCGAGCAUCAGCGCUUGCAGCAGCUACAACUCGGCGAGGUGGAGCCCGAUGGCUCGGGGACACAGUGCUUGAUGGUAAAGAUCAAAUAGCAAAGCCCCCCGAGGUCUGCUGCCCCAUGUCCCUGUGAGCGAGCUCGUAUCAUCUGGGGACUGUGGACCCAUCGACGGUUGUACAUAUCAUGCACUUGUGCUCGUGCCUAUGUAAAGUAGUAAUACCAACUCAACUCUGAUCUUCAUCCAAGUACCGAAAUGAUUAAAAGAUCAGAUGUGAAUGCUGUUGCGAUGGGUGAUCGCAAGUAGGCCAUAAUCAGUGGACCGAAAAUGAUGACCCAAAUCAAGGUAGUGCUCCUCUGAUCGAUA